UAUUAUAAAUAUUUUGCCGAUGGUUGUUAAGGAGGCAGUCUUUAGACCAGAACGAAGAAAUUAAUGAAAUUCAGUUUUCGAUGAAACUUUUCAUUCAGAAUCAGCUUUACUAGGUGAAUCACGUACAGUAUGUUGCAAACUAAAAUAAAUUCAAUCAGUUUUGGUAAAAAUAAUGAAAAAUUAAAGCUAUCAUUGACCUACAAACCACCUGCAAACGAUUCACUUGGUCCAAAUAAUUUAUUUAUUUAAUUACCAAAAGUUGGAGGCCAAAUUCCGACCUGCAAAGGACCUUCAAACGAUUGGGCAUGUGCGGAAUAAUUAAUUAUAAUAAUAAGUUGAUAACUUCUCGGAGCUACGAAACGCACAUGAAGGAGAAGGCGUUAUACAGCGCUACGUACGACGUCUGAAGUAUUGAAGCGCCGCUACUAAAAGGUGGGAGCUGUGAGAAGUAGCAGCAUAGGGGAAACACGUCAAAAAAACCUGCGUGGAGGCAAAAGACAAGACCAUAGUCGCGCCCAUUAUCUGAAAUCCUUAUUCGCUUUUGUCUUUCUACAAUUGCGUUUUUAUACCCUAAUAAAUUUCUCCUUUAGUUUGUCCAAGUUACCUCGUUCUCAAAUUUUUGUUGCUACUCAAUACAGCUGUUACACUACAUAAGUGAGUGAAAUUUGCCCCAACCACUCAUGUUACAAAAAAAUUACUAUGUGACUAGUGACGUGAAAACAUGUCCGCUUCACGAUAAAAGUUAAUUUUCCUAACAUAUUUGUUGAUAUUUAAUGAAUGUUCGUAUUCGAAACCGGAAGGAAACACCUGUAAUAUUUCCAUCAUUUGUAAAGUGUUGAAACGUGGUUAAUGGUUAUUCUGCCAUUAUUCGAAAUAGAGUUUUACUGACAAUCAUUUCGGUGAAUGGCAUAGGGUUACCAAUGACUGACACAAUUUGGAGAAAAAAUAAAAAAUAUACAAUUUGAAAAGAAAAAAAUCGAAGGCUACUACGAUGAAUAAUCCAUAUCGAGCACGGCCAGGCAGACCGCGCGUUGAUCCUCUAGCAGUAGCAAAUUAUGGCACGCAGAAUAAGUCAGUGCAGCCUCAAAUGCCAGGUGAAAUACAGCCUAGAGAAAUUUCAACAACAAUUCAAAGUAAUGUUUUGCAACCUCCUCAAUACGCUGAGAUUUCAAGCCAACCGAACAAGGCCGGGGACCCUUGGGACUGGGGAAAUGACAAUCUCGAUAACGGAAAUGAUGCUUGGAAUUGGAGUGUAGAUCAGACCCAUGAGACACAUAUGCAAGAGCCCGGUGUUUCGAAAUAUUUAAAUUCAGGACAAACAAUUCAGACACCUCUUCCGGAUAACUAUCACAAUAAUUCAAAUGGGAAUAACAGACCAGUUCCUCCGCGUCAACAAAUAUUGUCUUCAGCUGGUGGAAAUCUUCCCAGAACUGGAAGUCAUGUAUCUACACCGAAUUUUUCGCAAGACCCGUACUCACGCUAUUCGAAUUGUGAUGAAAAACUACAACAAAGGUUACAAUCUCCCUGUACUGUUCCGAGCACACAACUCUCUAGUUGUUCAUCAGCACUCAAUGCAAAUAAUGAGCAGGUCCUAUGGGGACAAACUAUGCAUAAGCCAUUUUAUUCAACAUCCUUUGACAUGAGUAAAAAUACUGGAUUUCAUUAUGCCCAGCAGCAUAAGUUGGAAAAAAUGAAUGAAUAUGAACGAGAUAGUCGAAUAGAAAAAUAUAAUUUAACCUCUGAGGAAACGAGCUAUAAUGAAGUUCAAUCUACAGCUGUCUCAUCUCCAGCUAUCGAUUGGCAAAAUUCGAUUACCGAAGAAAAUUCUGUAAGGAAAGUAAAUAAUCAGUGCGCCCAGGCAUCUCAAGAGCCAGAUAAUUGUCGACUCAACCGUGUAAAUAAUUUAUUAAUGCAAAAAUCCGAAGACUUAAAGAUGAUUACUUUAGACGACUCUCCAUCUCUUACGUCAAGCAGUCAGAGCCUGUUACCUCCAAAUGUCGCUUUCACAGUGAUAACACAGCAACUCCCGCAGACAAAUCGACAAUGGGAGAAUGCAAGAGGAGGAAUAAGAAACCAAUUGCAUGAAAAUCCACUUCAGGGCGUAAAUAAAAUUGCUGCUGCAGAGUGGCAACACGGUGGACAUCCAAUGCAUUUUUCCCAACCACAAGUAUCCAGAACUACUUUUACCCAUGAAGCAGAGGCAUCAUCACUUCCAGUUUCUAAGCUCAGUGAUACUCAGUUACCAUUAGUUCCGCCAAGUGCAAAACCUCUUGAAGGCUCAUUGAUCAAUAAUUCGGUGAACGAACAUAGAAAGGCCAAUAAUAUCGUUGGUAUAAAUGAUUUAUCAUCGAGUAUGAAUCAAAUAACGAUUAACGAGAGCUACAAACUCUCCAAUCAGCAGAUUGAGACUCAACCCUUACAUUUCCAAAAUGUUAUGCCCGAAAGUCAUCGACCUUCCCAGUUGUCUUAUUCGGCUGCUCAGUCAGUUGAACAACAGCAUAGUACUAAUAAUAAUAGUAAAUCUCAACAGGCUACUAUUACAUCUCCAUCUUCAUCACAGACCCAAGACUUAUCGUUCAAUGAAUCUUCUCGAAUACAGAUGAUUAGUACGUUAGAAGCCACUUCCAGGGCCAAUAAACCGAUACCACCAACAAAUAUUGUUCGGCCAGUUCAAGAACAAGAUGUACUACCGCCACAACAAAGAAGUAUGCAAAAUCAGAAUAUUGAUCGUGGUAAUAUUUCUGAACAUACGAAUUAUGAUCAAUGGUAUAAUAAUAGUUCAACCCAAGUGUCUCAACUAUCUUCGGCAUCUCAAAAUGUUUGGAAUUCCAGUGUCAGUGAACUACAUCUCCCCUUACAAGGAGACUGGACACCACCUCAGGUAUCUACUUCAGAACCCUCAAUCGAUACAUGUGCGAGUAUCCAACCACCUGCUGAAUCCAAUUUAAUUGCCAUUCGAGAGGAAACACGAAGCGAAUUUCAAAGAUCUGAGGUCGACACUGUGUCUGUGUCUCAACUUUCACAUUUUCAGCAUCCUUCGAUAGAGCAGGAACUACUACCUUCUGAAAGUUAUGAAUUUGCAUCGAAUGAUCGAAACACUUUUCUUGAGACUGGAGAAUUGACCGACUCGCAUCAUGAUCAAGAAUGUGUAGCGCCCAAUCAGGAUGAAGAUAAUGAUGAAGUUCCCAACGAUAUUCCAUUUCUUAGAGAAGUUCCUGGACAAUCUAGUAAUUCAGAACAGUCCAGGAAUGAUCCAACUGGACAGGAACAAUACAUAAUACCGACGGCAGGUGAACGUAGGGAUAUGCCACCUGGUCAAGAAUGUCUUGAGAAUGAUAGAUUAAUUCGUGAUACUGGUCGUGUUGAACCUGAUCCCCUAGAACGAAGGAAUGAUCCAUCUGGUAGAGAGAAGUCACUCCCACCUGUGCAGCCUAGGAACCAUCCGUCUGGUCAGGAAAGAAUAACUCCUAUUCAACCGAUUCCACAAAUUUAUUUGGAACCGAAUAAGGUCCGCCAAGUUCCAGGUACUGGAACGAAUAACAUUGACGCUCACUUAGAUUUGGUUAAUAUGGAUAAUGGAAUCAGACGAAUUCCUGGAGGAAUAUCUCCAACAGAUGCCACUGUCAUUGAAUCUCUCAAGUCUGAUGGUAGAAAUGAUAGAGUUGUUACUGGUUCUCAGGAAUAUUCAUCGAUUUCCGCGGUUCUGAACAUUCAGGAGACUAGAGAAGAAGCUAUUGGCGCCUCAACCAAGGAGAAAACGACAAUUUCUCCAGCAUCCCCCAAACGUCGCGACUCUUAUGAGGAUGGUGAUGAUGAAGAGUCGGGCAACUCUCGAGAUGAAAGCAGAGAGAGACGAGAACGCAGAGAUUUACGCGAUUCUAGUCCUUUAGCGCUGGAGAAUCGGCGUCGCUAUGAUAGGAAUUAUUAUGAGCAUGACAGAGACAGAGAAUUUGACGAAGAUUAUUAUUACGAUCGUCGGCGUCCUGAUUAUGACCGACCUUAUAAUUCUAGAGAGGAUCUAGAUCGUAGGGAUGCCUCGUACAGAAAUGGAGAUCGUGGACACAGGGUUGAGGAUAAUGAUGAUCCCGGACGGAGAGGGAGAGGCAGAAGUGAAGAAGAAAGGGAUAGUAGACCUGUGGGGAAACGAGAUGAACUUAGAAAUCAGCGAGACAGGUCUGAUGACAAUAGGCGUAGAGAUAGAGAGCGAGACGUAAGAGAUUAUUAUAUGAGAGAUGGAAGAGACAUAAGAGAUCCACGAAUUCGAGAUUUUCCUGAUUCCGAUCGGAGAAGGCGAAGGUUUGAUGAGUAUGAUCGUGAUCACAGAAGGGAGUACUACGACGAUCCUUAUUCGCGAAGUUCAAGACCCUCAAGCCGAUCUUCUUAUAAUGAUCGUGAGAGAGAUUAUUAUCUUAGACCGCGAGAUCCAUAUUAUGGCUACAAUAAUGGAUAUGCAGGGUAUGAUUAUGGAGUUAAUUAUAAUGCUAACUAUUAUGCAUAUCUCGAAAAUUUGAGAAGAACAAAUCCAGCGGCAUACAUAGAAUGGUAUAAUAAAUAUUAUCUUAAUCAUCCUCAUCAUCAGCAAUUACAACCGAAACUCUCACAGACACUGGCCAAUUAUUCAGAAGAUAGGGCUAGUGUGCACUCUGGACAAAGUUCAUGCGAUGACAGAACUGCAAGCGGAAAACUUAUGGCAGGCGAUAUAUCGUUGAUAGAGGACUCAAGAAUCACAUCCCGUAUGACGCCAACUAAAUUCUCAACAUCCCAUGCUCAAGGACUCUUCUCCAUUGGAUCAUUAAUGUACGUUCAUGCAAGUUACCCAACUGAGGGAGAAAGAGCUAAAGUUGACAUAGUUAGCAUAGACGGCGUACUUCUCCACGAUCCUAUCGUUCGUGAGCUUCGUAGCUAUCCAGGACCUCUAAUAAAAGGAGUAACCCACAAGAAGACAAUAAUUGAAUAUUGCGAAAGCAAAAUAAAUAAAGCAGCUGCCAAUGACAAAGUCAUCGAUCGGGCUUCUUAUGUACUCCUCUAUCAACUAAUGAUUAUGCUUAUCCAACAGAAUGGAAACGUGGUCGGAGUUGAUAUUGCAGCUCUUUUGCUACGCAACAAAGAGUCGUACCCUUACGACGCAAACGCAAGUACACAGAGCAAAGAACAGGAAUUUACUCAACAGUCGUCAACUGUCUGUCCGAAUUCUAGUACUUCUGGAAAUGAAUCACCAGACGAAACUCAUCUUUUCUCGAAACAAAUUGAAUCACAACAACAAUCAAAGCAAACAGUGGAGCAGAUAACAAAUGAAUUCCGAAAGACUUUGCUUAAUGGUCUUAUUCAAGAAGCUCUAGAAUAUGCAAUGAGUGAAGGAUUAUGGGGUCACGCGUUGUUCCUAGCUAGCAAAUUAGAGAAACGUACUCAUGCCACAGUAAUGACACGAUUUGCAAACAGUUUAUCACCUCAAGAUCCCCUUCAAACACUUUAUCAGCUGCAUUCUGGUCGAGUACCCGCCAGUGUCACGUGCAUUGCUGACUGUAAAUGGGAUGACUGGCGGCCCCAUCUUGCCAUGAUAAUAUCAAACACCUCAGGAAAUCCAGAAAUUAAUCACAGGUCAAUUAGCACUAUGGGAGACACUCUGGCUGCACGCGGAGACCUUUAUGCUGCCCAUUUUUGUUACAUUCUUGCUGAAAUAGAUUUUGGAAAUUAUGGAAAAUUAGGAACAAAAAUAGUAUUGAUUGGGGCCAAUCAUAACAAGCAUUAUGCGGAUUUUGUGACACUCGAAGCAGUUAUGUUGACUGAAAUUUAUGAAUAUGCAAGAAGUCUCAGUGAGCCUUCAUUUAUGAUAAUGGCUCUUCAGACCUUUAAAUUCGAGAAUGCUCUGAACAUGAUUGAUUAUGGAUUGGUAGAAAAGGGUCUACUUUAUCUCGAGCAAAUAGCCAUAAACAUUGUGAAUACUCCUUCUAAAUUUAAACCCACCUUUAUCGCUGAUAUCUAUAAAUUGAGUGAACGAUUGAAAUUCCAUGAUCCGGUUUUUAAGGAUUCAACCGAGAAUGGAGUAUCCCUAACUUGGCUCGAUAAUUUAUCAGAACUGGUUAUUAAAUAUGAAACGGGAGAACUUAUGAAAGAUGGUCCUCACGAAACGCAACUGAAUCAAGAACAAAUUGAAAUGCAACAGAACACACAGCAGAAUCAAUGGGUUUAUUCUUCAAAUCCUCCAGAAUACGGAAAUGCUGCGAUCUCAACGAUGGAGAUAUCUUCCGUGGACAGUAAUCAAGGGCAAUGGCAACCGCUGCUGAACCAUGAUAAUAUUCAAUAUGCUGGAAGCAGUGUAGAUAAAAAUAAUUAUCAAUCCAAUCAACCGCAAUUAGUUCCUCAACAACCUCAUCAGGGUUAUUGGACUCAACAACAGAUAUAUAAUCAUGAAGAAUUCAAUGACUGGCAGCUUGAGCAGGGUGAUCAGGCUCAGAAUCAUCAAAGUGAACAGAUUGAUGUGGAUUCCGCCCAACCGAAUAAUGCAUGGAAUUAUGAGUCUGAGAAGGAGGAAAAGCCCACAGCACCCGGUCCUCAGCCACGAAUAUCGAUGGGGCCGUCAUCGGACAAGCAAUAUGAUCCACUUGAAGAAUUAGAUGCAAUGGAACCAUUAAAUUCAAAAAAGUCGGUGGAGUGUAAAACAAGUGGAAAACCAAAUGAGAAGAAAAACUCUACAGCAAGCAGUGGCUCCUGGUUUGGUGGUUUCUUUAGUAAACUGACCCCUAAACCGAGAAAUCAAAUGAUACUACCAGAUGAUAGCAAUCCAACAAUUAUAUGGGAUCCCAUUGCUAAAAAAUGGACGAAUAAAGAUGAGGGCAACGAGAGUGCCUCUCUAAAUCUUGCUCCUCCUCCAAAAGCUACAGACAUGUCUUUUCAGCCAUCACAAGUGGAAUUUCUCAAUCACUCCCAACAAGCGCCCAAUAUAUUCAACAGUGAAGAAGCCACAACUCCGAAUUCCUCAAAAAUGAUAGGUGGAAAUAAUAUGUUUAAGCUGCAGAAAGGCAGAGGGAUGCGAGCCAACUACAUCGAUGUAAUGAAUCCUAAUGUAGCUAAAGGAAACAUUCCGUCGAUUCCUACACCAGCUACUUCGCCACUUGUACCAAUGGCUGCCUCAUCGCCACAAAUGUUCAUUCCUGCUUCUGUUAACGAUCCUAAGGCCCCUUUAAAUUUCUUGACACCAAUGACAACUUCAAUUCCUCCGCAGGAAAAUGCUCCUCACGGAAUGGACAGCGACAAGGCAGGACCGAAAUAACAUUUAUUGUCACCAGAAACAAUGGGAUACGAUCCAAAAGCUACAAUGAAGGAGGGCACUGUGAACAAUACGCUGAUAAUGAGACAUCACAUGGAAUGAAUGACGGAGAAUGCUCCCUAGAGGAAAUUAAUUAGUAGAACCAGAAUGAUCGAGAAUCAGUUGAAAAAAACAUAUAAAUAUUUUAUCCUCCUCCAACAUUAUCAUAAAACAAGGCAGAUUGGAGCAAAAAAAACUGGCUUUUUUUUUUUUUUUUUUUCAAAAGGAAUGUUGAAAUAAGUGUUUUUCUUUGCCUGAAUCUCCGCCAUUCAAAUAAUGAAGUUUUUUACAGUUAGAGGUGAAAUUUCAAUUCGAUAGUUGCGCAAUACGUUAAAACCAAAACUCAAUGGCUGAUUUUUAUAAAGUGAUCUAAGUGGCGGGAAAUUGUCUCACAUUAAGGCCCGGCCUUCUCGUCGUGGGAAAAUUUGGGUGACUUUUACCCCCCCACAGUUUGCGGCAGACUUCGAAGCUCCAUCUAAAAAAUACACGGUCGAUAAGAGGAAAAGUGACAAGACGACACACUUUUCCAGGGCCGUCUAGGGCUCCGAAGUCAGGGUUCCAAAUUUUCGGGCCCCCUUCGGAAAAAAUAGAAGUGGGAAUGAGAAAUCCAUUUUUAUUAAUUUUUUUAAACAAAUAGGCGCAUGGCGGUGAAAAAGGGGGGAGGGGGCAUGGAUGUGAGGGUGACAUGAAAGUUUGGGUAUCGGAUGAAUCCGUCGGAAAAUAAUGAAGGAUUGACAGUGGCAUAAGUGUGGCAGGGUAAAAUAGGGUGUUGAUGGUGCAGUGAGUGCAUGUGUGAAAAUGAAGGGUUGAGG